GGGAGGCUCAGGAGCGGGCGGUGACGGCGACGGCGGCGGCAGAGGAGGCAGCGGCUGGGCCCGGGCCCUGUGCGUCUGUCCGCGCCCCGUGGAUGCGAAUCGGCCGCGGCGGAGGCGGCGGCGGCGGCGGAGGAGGAGUCGGUGGGCCGGCUCCGGGCCGGAGGGGCGCGGAGGAUGAGGCCGCUGCCUGGCGCUCCUGGCGUGGCGGCGGCCGCCGCGCUGUUGCUGCUGCUGCUGCUGCCCCGGACCCGGGCGGACGAGCACGAACACACGUAUCAAGAUAAAGAGGAAGUUGUCUUAUGGAUGAAUACUGUUGGGCCCUACCAUAAUCGUCAAGAAACAUAUAAGUACUUUUCACUUCCAUUCUGUGUGGGGUCAAAAAAAAGUAUCAGUCAUUACCAUGAAACUCUGGGAGAAGCACUUCAAGGGGUUGAAUUGGAAUUUAGUGGUCUGGAUAUUAAAUUUAAAGAUGAUGUGAUGCCAGCCACUUACUGUGAAAUUGAUUUAGAUAAAGAAAAGAGAGAUGCAUUUGUAUAUGCCAUAAAAAAUCAUUACUGGUACCAGAUGUACAUAGAUGAUUUACCAAUAUGGGGUAUUGUUGGUGAGGCUGAUGAAAAUGGAGAAGAUUACUAUCUUUGGACCUACAAAAAACUUGAAAUAGGUUUUAAUGGAAAUCGAAUUGUUGAUGUUAAUCUAACUAGUGAAGGAAAGGUGAAACUGGUUCCAAAUACUAAAAUCCAGAUGUCAUAUUCUGUAAAAUGGAAAAAGUCAGAUGUGAAAUUUGAAGAUCGAUUUGACAAAUAUCUUGAUCCGUCCUUUUUUCAACAUCGGAUUCAUUGGUUUUCAAUUUUCAACUCCUUCAUGAUGGUGAUCUUCUUGGUGGGCUUAGUUUCAAUGAUUUUAAUGAGAACAUUAAGGAAAGAUUAUGCUCGGUACAGUAAAGAGGAAGAAAUGGAUGAUAUGGAUAGAGACCUAGGAGAUGAAUAUGGAUGGAAACAGGUGCAUGGAGAUGUAUUUAGACCAUCAAGUCACCCACUGAUAUUUUCCUCUCUGAUUGGUUCUGGAUGUCAGAUAUUUGCUGUGUCUCUCAUCGUUAUUAUUGUUGCAAUGAUAGAAGAUUUAUAUACUGAGAGGGGAUCAAUGCUCAGUACAGCCAUAUUUGUCUAUGCUGCUACAUCUCCAGUGAAUGGUUAUUUUGGAGGAAGUCUGUAUGCUAGACAAGGAGGAAGGAGAUGGAUAAAGCAGAUGUUUAUUGGGGCAUUCCUUAUCCCAGCUAUGGUGUGUGGCACUGCCUUCUUCAUCAAUUUCAUAGCCAUUUAUUACCAUGCUUCAAGAGCCAUUCCUUUUGGAACAAUGGUGGCCGUUUGUUGCAUCUGUUUUUUUGUUAUUCUUCCUCUAAAUCUUGUUGGUACAAUACUUGGCCGAAAUCUGUCAGGUCAGCCCAACUUUCCUUGUCGUGUCAAUGCUGUGCCUCGUCCUAUACCGGAGAAAAAAUGGUUCAUGGAGCCUGCGGUUAUUGUUUGCCUGGGUGGAAUUUUACCUUUUGGUUCAAUCUUUAUUGAAAUGUAUUUCAUCUUCACGUCUUUCUGGGCAUAUAAGAUCUAUUAUGUCUAUGGCUUCAUGAUGCUGGUGCUGGUUAUCCUGUGCAUUGUGACUGUCUGUGUGACUAUUGUGUGCACAUAUUUUCUACUAAAUGCAGAAGAUUACAGGUGGCAAUGGACAAGUUUUCUCUCUGCUGCAUCAACUGCAAUCUAUGUUUACAUGUAUUCCUUUUACUACUAUUUUUUCAAAACAAAGAUGUAUGGCUUAUUUCAAACAUCAUUUUACUUUGGAUAUAUGGCAGUAUUUAGCACAGCCUUGGGGAUAAUGUGUGGAGCGAUUGGUUACAUGGGAACAAGUGCCUUUGUCCGAAAAAUCUAUACUAAUGUGAAAAUUGACUAGAGACCCAAGAAAACCUGGAACUUCGGAUCAAUUUCUUUUUCAUAGGGGUGGAACUUGCACAGCAAAAACAAACAAACGCAAGAAGAGAUUUGGGCUUUAACACACUGGGUACUUUGUGGGUCUCUCUUUCGUCGAUGGCUUAAAGUAACAUCUAUUUCCAUUGAUCCUAGGUUCUUCCUGACUGCUUUCUCCAACUGUUCACAGCAAAUGCUUGGAUUUUAUGCAGUAGGCAUUACUACAGUACAUGGCUAAUCUUCCCAAAAACUAGCUCAUUAAAGAUGAAAUAGACCAGCUCUCUUCAGUGAAGAGGACAAAUAGUUUAUUUAAAGCAUUUGUUCCAAUAAAAUAAAUAGAGGGAAACUUGGAUGCUAAAAUUACAUGAAUAGGAAUCUUCCUGGCACUUAGUGUUUCUAUGUUAUUGAAAAAUGAUGUUCCAGAAAGAUUACUUUUUUCCUGUUAUUUUUACUGCCAUUGUCGACCUAUUGUGGGACAUUUUUAUAUAUUGAAUCUGGGUUCUUUUUUGACUUUUUUUUUUCCCCAAUCCAACUGCAUCCUUUUUUUUAAAAGAGAGAAUUAGAAAAUAUUAAAUCCUGCAUGUAAUAUAUCUGCUGUCAUCUUAGUUGGACCAACUUCCCAUUUAUUUAUCUUAAAACUAUACAGUUACAUCUUAAUUCCAUCCAAAGAAGAUACAGUUUGAAGACAGAAGUGUACUCUCUACAAUGCAAUUUACUGUACAGUUAGAAAGCAAAGUGUUAAAUGGAGAAGAUACUUGUUUUUAUUAAACAUUUUGAGAUUUAGAUAAACUACAUUUUAACUGAAUGUCUAAAGUGAUUAUCUUUUCUCCCCCCAAGUUAGUCUUACAUCUUUUGGGUUUGAAUGAAGGUUUUACAUAAGAAAUUAUUAAAAACAAGGGGGGUGGGUAAUAAAUGUAUAUAACAUUAAAUAAUGUAACGUAGGUAUAGAUUCCCAAAUGCAUUUGGAUGUACAGAUCGACUAUGGAGUACUUUUUUCUUAUGAUGAUUGGUGUAGAAAUGUGUGAUUUGGGUGGCCUUUUACAUCUUGCCUACCAUUGCAUGAAACAUUGGGGUUUCUUCAAAAUGUGUGUGUCAUACUUCUUUUGGGAGGGGGGUUGUUUUCUUCUGUUUAUUUUCUGAGACUCCUACAGGAGCCAAAUUUGUAAUUUAGAGACAUUUAAUUUUGUUAAUCCUGUCUGGGACACUUAAGUAACAUCUAAAGCAUUAUUGCUUUAGAAUGUUCAAAUAAAAUUUCCUGACCAAAUUGUUCUGUGGAAAUAGAUGUGUUUGCAAUUUGAAGAUAUCUUUCUGUUCAAAAGGCAAAAUUACUGAAUGCCAUUUUUAAAAGUAUACUAUAAACUAUGCUACUCUCAUACAGGGGACCCAUAUUUUAAAAUCUCCAGACUUGCUUAUAUCUGGAUUAUCCAGCACAAUCAUAAAGUGAAUGACAAACCCUUUGAAUGAAAUUGCGGCACAAAAUCUGUUCAGGUUGGUGUACCGUGUAAAGUGGGGAUGGGGUAAAAGUGGUUAACAUACUGUUGGAUCAACAAAUAAAGGUUACAGUUUUGUAAGAGAA